CCCGGCGCCGAGCGCGAGCGGCCGCGCGCGCCUCCCCGCCCCUCCCGCCGCGUUCGCCGCAGCUGCCGCCCCCGCCCCGCCGCCCCCGGCCCGGCCCGGCCCGGCCCCUGCAGCCGCGGGCGAAGUGGAGCCGGCGAGGCCGGGAAGACGCCGCCGCCGUCGCCUUCUGCUCUCCUCCUUUCCCUGCCCCCCGCGCUCCGGCCGGGUCCGUCAACAUGGCGAGCGCCUCGUACCACAUCUCCAACCUGCUGGAGAAAAUGACAUCCAGCGACAAGGACUUCAGGUUUAUGGCUACUAAUGACUUGAUGACAGAACUACAGAAAGAUUCUAUCAAGCUGGAUGAUGACAGUGAAAGAAAGGUGGUGAAGAUGAUUUUGAAAUUACUGGAAGAUAAAAAUGGUGAGGUGCAAAACUUAGCUGUCAAAUGCCUGGGACCUCUGGUGAGUAAAGUGAAGGAGUAUCAAGUGGAGACCAUUGUAGAUACCCUCUGUACAAACAUGCUUUCAGAUAAAGAGCAGUUACGUGACAUUUCAAGCAUUGGUCUUAAAACUGUGAUUGGAGAACUUCCCCCAGCUUCCAGUGGUUCUGCAUUAGCAGCUAAUGUUUGCAAAAAGAUCACAGGACGUCUCACUAGUGCUAUAGCCAAGCAGGAAGAUGUGUCUGUUCAGCUGGAGGCACUGGAUAUCAUGGCUGAUAUGCUGAGCAGGCAAGGAGGACUGCUUGUUAACUUCCAUCCUUCAAUUCUGACCUGUCUGCUCCCCCAGCUGACCAGCCCAAGACUUGCUGUGAGGAAAAGAACCAUCAUUGCUCUUGGUCACCUGGUUAUGAGUUGUGGCAAUAUGGUUUUUGUUGACCUCAUUGAACAUCUGUUGACAGAGCUGUCUAAAAAUGAUUCCAUGUCAACAACUAGGACCUAUAUACAGUGUAUUGCUGCUAUCAGUAGGCAAGCAGGUCAUAGAAUAGGCGAAUAUCUUGAGAAAAUAAUCCCUUUGGUUGUAAAGUUUUGUAAUGUAGAUGAUGAUGAACUACGAGAGUACUGCAUUCAAGCCUUUGAAUCUUUUGUUAGGAGGUGUCCUAAAGAAGUUUAUCCUCAUGUAUCUACUAUUAUAAGCAUUUGUCUUAAAUAUCUUACUUAUGAUCCUAAUUACAAUUAUGAUGAUGAAGAUGAAGAUGAAAAUGCUAUGGAUGCUGAUGGUGGUGAUGAUGAUGAUCAAGGGAGCGAUGAUGAAUAUAGUGAUGAUGAUGACAUGAGCUGGAAAGUGAGACGUGCAGCUGCUAAAUGUCUGGAUGCUGUGGUUAGCACACGACACGAAAUGCUUCCAGAAUUCUACAAAACUGUAUCUCCUGCUUUAAUAGCCAGGUUCAAAGAACGUGAAGAGAAUGUUAAAGCAGAUGUUUUUCACGCAUAUCUUUCUCUUUUAAAACAAACUCGACCUGUGCAAAGUUGGCUUUGUGAUCCUGAUGCAAUGGAGCAAGGAGAGACACCUUUGACAAUGCUUCAGAGUCAGGUUCCCAACAUAGUUAAAGCCUUGCACAAACAGAUGAAGGAGAAAAGUGUGAAGACUCGUCAGUGCUGCUUUAAUAUGCUGACUGAACUAGUAAAUGUGUUACCUGGAGCCCUAACACAACAUGUUCCUGUACUUGUACCAGGAAUAAUUUUUUCACUAAAUGACAAAUCAAGUUCUUCUAAUCUGAAGAUUGAUGCUUUGUCCUGUUUAUAUGUGAUCCUCUGCAAUCAUUCUCCCCAGGUCUUUCAUCCUCAUGUUCAAGCAUUGGUACCUCCAGUUGUAGCUUGUGUUGGUGACCCAUUUUACAAGAUAACAUCAGAGGCACUUUUGGUUACCCAACAACUUGUGAAGGUUAUUCGUCCUUUAGACCAGCCUACUUCCUUUGAUGCUACUCCUUACAUCAAAGAUUUGUUUACUUGUACAAUCAAGAGAUUAAAGGCUGCAGACAUUGAUCAGGAGGUGAAAGAAAGGGCAAUAUCUUGCAUGGGUCAAAUCAUUUGUAGCCUUGGUGACAGUCUAGGCGCAGACCUGCCCAGCACACUUCAGAUCUUUCUAGAGAGACUGAAGAAUGAGAUCACUCGGUUAACUACAGUGAAGGCCAUGACACUGAUUGCUGGUUCUCCUUUGAAGAUAGAUUUGAGACCAAUCCUUGGGGAAGGAGUUCCUAUUCUUGCUUCUUUUUUGAGAAAGAACCAGCGGGCAUUGAAGCUGGGCACUCUUUCUGCACUAGAUAUUUUAAUUAAGAAUUACAGUGACAGCUUGACAGCUGCCAUGAUUGAUGCAGUCCUGGAUGAGCUUCCACCUCUGAUUAGUGAAAGUGAUAUGCACGUAUCACAGAUGGCCAUCAGUUUUCUGACAACGCUGGCUAAAGUAUAUCCUUCCUCCCUUUCAAAGAUUAGUGGCUCCAUUCUCAAUGAACUUAUUGGGCUGGUAAGAUCACCCUUACUGCAGGGUGGAGCACUUAGUGCCAUGCUAGAAUUUUUCCAAGCUUUGGUUGUGACUGGUACAAAUAAUUUAGGCUAUAUGGAUUUACUGCGCAUGUUAACGGGUCCAGUGUACUCACAGAGCACAGCACUUACUCACAAGCAGUCUUACUAUUCCAUUGCCAAAUGUGUUGCUGCCCUUACUCGAGCCUGCCCUAAGGAAGGACCGGCUGUUGUAGGACAGUUCAUUCAAGACGUUAAGAACUCCAGGUCCACAGAUUCCAUUCGUCUUUUGGCUUUGCUUUCUCUUGGGGAAGUUGGCCAUCACAUUGACUUAAGUGGACAAAUUGAGCUGAAGUCUGUAAUACUGGAAGCGUUCUCUUCUCCCAGUGAAGAAGUGAAGUCAGCAGCAUCAUAUGCCUUAGGCAGUAUUAGUGUUGGCAACCUUCCUGAGUAUCUGCCAUUUGUCCUACAAGAAAUAACCAGUCAACCUAAGAGGCAAUACCUUCUUCUGCAUUCCUUGAAAGAAAUAAUUAGCUCUGCAUCAGUGAUUGGUCUCAAACCAUAUGUUGAGAACAUCUGGGCCUUACUCCUGAAACACUGUGAAUGUGCAGAAGAGGGUACAAGGAAUGUUGUUGCUGAAUGCUUGGGCAAGCUUACGUUGAUAGACCCAGAGACUCUGCUUCCACGACUCAAGGGAUACUUGGCAUCAGGGUCCUCAUAUGCUCGAAGUUCAGUGGUUACUGCUGUUAAGUUCACCAUUUCUGAUCAUCCACAACCCAUAGACCCACUCUUGAAAAACUGCAUAGGUGAUUUUUUGAAAACUCUGGAAGACCCAGAUCUCAAUGUCAGGAGAGUAGCCCUAGUGACUUUUAAUUCAGCUGCCCACAAUAAACCAUCUUUGAUAAGGGACCUCUUAGAUACUGUGCUUCCUCAUCUUUACAAUGAAACAAAAGUCAGAAAGGAAUUAAUCAGAGAGGUGGAAAUGGGACCAUUUAAGCAUACAGUUGAUGAUGGGUUGGACAUAAGGAAAGCAGCUUUUGAAUGCAUGUAUACUCUAUUGGAUAGCUGUUUGGAUAGACUAGAUAUAUUUGAAUUCUUAAACCAUGUUGAAGAUGGUCUGAAGGAUCACUAUGAUAUUAAGAUGCUGACCUUUUUAAUGUUGGUGAGGCUGUCUACCCUUUGUCCGAGCGCAGUGCUGCAGAGAUUGGACAGGCUCGUCGAACCUUUGCGUGCUACAUGUACAACUAAGGUAAAGGCGAACUCAGUGAAGCAGGAGUUUGAAAAGCAAGAUGAACUAAAACGAUCUGCAAUGAGAGCUGUAGCAGCACUUCUAACCAUUCCAGAAGCAGAGAAGAGUCCAUUAAUGAGUGAAUUUCAGUCACAGAUAAGCUCUAACCCUGAGCUGGCAGCCAUCUUUGAAAGUAUCCAAAAAGAUUCAUCAUCCACUAACUUGGAAUCAAUGGACACUAGUUAGAUGUUUGUCUAAUGGGGACCAUUAUGUUGAACCAUAUGAUGCACUGAAUUGACAGGUUAUGAGUAAGAAACAGAAAAAGUAUCUAAUCUACACAUUGUUCCACUUUAUUUACCUUUAUGGAGACAGUUGGCUUUUCCCAUAAUUGCUUUUCUAGCAUUUAUUCCAGAAAUAAAUUUCCAUAGUCCAGAGUUUAACCACUCUUCUUUUAGUGGAUUUGGCCACAUUUGGGAAUUAAAAAGUUGACUCGUGGUGUAUGGAAAUAAAUUCCAACAUCCAUUUGCCCUGUAAUGUUUAGGAUUAAAACGUCAAAAUUUUGUGACCAUGA